UUCAAAAUGAAAGUAAAACUUAUGAGUUCACCUAGAUUGAUUUGGGCUUACUAGGAGUAAAAAAUAAAUUUAGAUUUGAGAAUGAUAUUGGAGACUUGUCUCCUGAUUGGUUGGUUUUCUUUUCCGGAAAAGCCUUUUUGCAGCCAUUGGUUUAACGGUAACUUUUACGCAUGCGCAUCAGCAUGUGAGUGGGCGCAGGCGUGUUCUGCAGCGGGAGAGACGAAUCGUUAGCUAUCAUUUUCUUUCGGGACUAAAAAGUUCACCGGCUUUGUCAUACAAUCUUUGUAACGUUCCGCGACACCCUUGUUGACUUCGAUUUUAUCAUCUUUACAUCUUCAUAAUGCCUCGCGGUGGAAAGAAGGGCCACAAGGGCCGAGGAAAACAGUUCAGCAAUCCGGAGGAGAUCGAUCGACAAAUGAAAGCCCAGAGAGAGCUGGAAGCAAAUGCUGGUGCUGAGAAAGGGAGCUCCUCUGAGUCAGAGGAGGAGAGCAGCAGUGAUGAGGAAUCAGAGAAUAAGAGAAGGAGCGGAGUAGAAGGGCUCAUAGAGAUUGAGAAUCCUAAUCGUGUCUCCCAGAAGAGCAAGAAGGUGGCUGAAGUUGACGUCAGUGCUCCCAGAGAGCUGUCUCGCAGAGAGAGGGAGGAGAUAGAGAAGCAAAAGUCAAAGGAACGCUAUAUGAAGCUUCACCUAGAGGGCAAGACUGAGCAGGCCAGGGCAGAUCUGGCUAGACUGGCAAUCAUCAAGAAACAGAGGGAAGAUGCUGCCAAGAAGAGAGAGGACCUCAGGAAAGAUGCAGAAGAGACAAAAGGGAAACGUUAGAGCCUCUUCCGAGAGAGCGUGCAUGAUGGUAGGAGGAGGUCUGAAGAGAAUCAGGAUCAACGUCGCAUCAAAGCUGCUCCAGCACUCUCCCUCUCUUCACACUGGAGGGACGCUCAUCCUCAGAGGAAAUGGGUGACUCAAUUCAAGAUGAUGAAUGCAUCAUUAAGGCUCCUCGAUAGUAUUCAGAUAAUUUGACAGUUCAAGAGGAGACUUCAGAGGGUUUCCCAAGUGCUCCACAGCCUCCUCAGUCUUAUCACCCACCAGGGUUCUAGUUCUAAAGCUGCUAAGCCUUCCAUUCCUUUUGAUCUAUAAAGUUUAAUAAACGUUUGCUAGAAAAUGUAUUACAGUAAGGAUUUUUUUGGUGCUUUAAUUUCCCCCUCAGCAAUUGAGGGAGGAAAAAAAAUCAGAAUAAUUUGAUAGUCGAGUUAGCAUUUUUAAUGGCGAUUGUUUUAAUUUAAUAUCUUGUUAGAAUGAUUAUGCUUCAUUCGCUUAAUUGCUUUUACUUUUCCCCUGAUUUGGAUCUUUUAGGGUGAUGGGUUCAUUAUUGUUAUCUGUCAUGGAUUCUUUUGGCAUUUUGUGAAAACAUGAAUCAGCUACAGACUUUACCACUGCAUUUCAGAAAAUAUAAAUGUUUGUGAUGCUCACGCUACACACAAUUUGAUGAUUCUUCAGUGUUUCCAAAUCUUUUAGGUAAUGUUUACUCAGCUUUAGGGGUUGUAUUUGAGGAUUUUAAACCUGUAGGAAAAUGUUAUAAAUCCAUUCCGAAACCAUGAACAGCUUCUCCAACAAGAUGGCGACUGUAACAGUUAAAAGUUUGGACACACCCAAUGAGGUGUCCAGCAUUUCAACGGGUACUGAUUUACACAAGACCAACACACUGUUUUAUGUAAAUAAGGUGCUAGAAAGAAGCAACACUUUAGAUGCACUUACAGCAGCAUACUUCCAUGUAUCCACACAGACAGAUGUUCAAAUCACAAUAAAACUAAGCAGUGACACAAUUUUUAUAUCUUACACCAGGUGCAGGUGUGCACAAUAAAGUGGAAACGGAGAACUAAUGAUGUAGAGGUAUUAUGUUAAACUAAAAAACAUGUACCUCAAAAUAUGCAGGAAGUUCAGUAAAACUGUUGAAGCCAUAAGUUAGAGAUUGAGCAACAUUUUGUGAGUUAAAAUAAAAUGAACUGAAGUGAC